AUUAGUACUAGUAUUACCACUUGACCAAUAUAGCCUAAUAGAGUAAUAACUUGAAUUCUUUAACCAACCUGACGGUUAUCCCACCGUUCAUCUGACGGCGACUGUUGUAAGACAGCUAAACCCCUUUGGCGGCCCUUGACCUCUUCCCUCAUCUUUCCCACUUUCUCUUCUUUCUUUCCCCUUCAUUUUUUUUUUGACUUUUUCUCCAUUUUUCUUCCCUAUUAAAAUCCUUAUUACAAAUAUUAUUUCUUUCUUUCAUACAUCAAAUCUUGUACUACUGUAUUUUGUCUUUCUUUGCUGAUUUUGUUAUUCUUUUGUGUCACUUUCUGGGUUUAGUUGUCAAUCAUUCCCUAUUUUCUGCUGGAAUACUCUCAUACACCACCAACUUCUAUUACAAAACUUUUUAAGUUUUUAUUAGAUUUCCAACUAUUUUUUGUUGUUUUUGAGCAGGAAAUUUAAGGGUUCUUCAGCUUAUCAUCCAAAUCUUUCAGCUUUAUUCAUUCAGAGCUCAUUGGAUCUAGUAAGCUGCAAUUUACCUUUUUCCAUUUCUGGUAUUUCAUUUCUUUUGUUACUUUCUACUUUUAGAAUGUUACAGCACCAAAAUCCCUCCAAUUUUUGCUCCUUUUGAAUGUGUAUUAUGCUGGGUUUUGAUUGAAUUUCAUUGGGUUUCUGAUAAUUGGGUUUAGUUCAGUAUCCUGUAAAACCCUCAAUUUUGCUGUAGUUUAUGAGCUAAAUUGCUCUGCUUUAGGUUUUCCAGUUGUUGAUUUGUAUUUUUUCUUGAUUCAAUCUACUGGAUGAAUUAUUGAUCUGAAAUCCCACCUGUUUUAGUUCAUCUUCAUUAAGAUCCAAAAUUUUGUUCAAUCAUGAAACUGUGUAAAAUGGCUUACGAUGUGGUCAUACUUGUAUCCUUUAUGGUGUUUCUAGCCUCCUUUCUUGGGAGAGCUAAUGCUGCUGCAACUAAUUACCUCAUAGAUUGUGGAUCCUCUCAAAAUACCACGGUAGGGGACCGAGUUUUCAUGGCUGAUCGAUACUCGACUCGAUUUCUUUCCACUCCACAAAAUGUUUUGGGGAGUAUUUCUGCCAACUCUACCAAUUCCUUCUCUAAUUUGUCUAUUUACCAAUCUGCUAGAGUUUUCACUGGAUUGUCAAAGUAUUCACUGCCCAUCACUCAGAUGGGGAGAUACUUUAUUCGCCUUUAUUUCUAUCCGUUUGAUCACGAGUCAUACAAAAUGAGCAAAGCUGAGUUCAGUGUUUCUGCUCAAGAGUUUACACUCCUCAGUGAUUACACUCCUGAGAAAUCUGCUGGUAUGAAAGAAUACUCGGUGAAUGUGACAUUGAACACCCUCGUUAUCGCCCUCAGCCCCUCGGUGAACUCAUUCGCUUUCCUGAGUGCAUUGGAAGUUGUCUCAGUCCCAGAUUUACUCAUUGCAGAUGAUGCCAGCUUAGUCAAUCCGACUGGAAGGUACAACGGCCUAGUGUCACAAGCAUUAGAGACGGUUGCUAGGGUAAAUAUGGGUGGACCACUUGUCAAUUACAAUAAUGACACCGUUUGGAGAACCUGGGUUACUGAUGAUAGUUUCUUGCUGAAUAAGGGUUCUGCUGUAAAUGCCAAUAGUACUUCAGUUGUCAACUAUGAGCCGGGCCAUGCAGCGAGGUACAGUGCUCCAGUUAGUGUUUAUGGCACAGCUAAAGAGAUGAACUCGAUGAGUAGUCCCACGGCUAAUUUCAAUGUUACAUGGGAAUUCACUGUGGAUGUGGGAUAUCAGUAUCUUGUGCGCUAUCACUUCUGUGAUAUCGUGAGUACAUCCUUGAAUGAGUUGUAUUUUAAUGUUUUUCUUGACUCUUGGAUUGUUUCUCGUGAUACCGAUCUUAGUACUAUGACUGGUGCUUUGGCAACCCCAGUGUUUAUGGAUGCUGUUACACCAUUGACAACCAGCAACAAGCUUCGGGUAGCUGUUGGUCCAUCUCCUCUAUCUAAUACGUACCCUCAAGCGAUCUUGAAUGGUCUGGAGAUUAUGAAACUCAAUAACUCCGAGGCCAGCCUCAGCGGGAAGGUUCUUGUCCAACCUCCAUCUAAGAGAAGCUCGAAAGAGAUAGGGCUGAUAGUGGGUCUUGUUGGAGGUGUUUCCAUCCUUUUACUGGCUGCUAUCCUUAUCUUCUGCUGUAGAAGAAGAAGCAAACUUAAGCGUCAAGGUCUUUCAAAAACAUGGAUUCCUCUAUCCCUUACUGGAGGGACUUCCCACUCAAUGGGAAGUAAAUUCUCCCAUACUACAGCUACAAGUGUUGAUUACAACUUGAGUUAUCGAAUCCCUUUUGCAGUGGUUCAAGAAGUCACAAACAAUUUUGAUGAGAGUUUAGUUAUUGGAAUCGGUGGUUUCGGGAAAGUCUACAAAGCGGUUUUAGCUGAUGGUACAAAAAUUGCUGCUAAGAGGGGUAAUCCUCGGUCCCAACAAGGUCUUGCAGAGUUCAGAACUGAAAUCGAAAUGCUUUCACAGUUCCGGCACAGACACUUGGUGUCCUUGAUUGGAUAUUGUGAUGAAAAAAAUGAGAUGAUUCUGAUCUAUGAGUAUAUGGAAAAUGGGACCCUGAAGAGUCACCUCUAUGGCUCGGGUCUUCCUAGUAUGAGUUGGAAGCAAAGGCUUGAGAUAUGCAUUGGGGCAGCUAGAGGGCUCCAUUACCUCCACACUGGCUAUUCAAAAGCUGUAAUCCAUCGCGAUGUAAAAUCAGCUAACAUUUUGCUCGAUGAAAACUUCAUGGCAAAAGUCGCUGAUUUUGGCCUUUCAAAGACAGGACCUGAGAUCGAUCAGACCCAUGUCAGUACAGCUGUCAAGGGUAGUUUCGGAUACCUUGACCCCGAAUAUUUUAGGAGGCAACAACUUACUGAGAAGUCAGAUGUAUACUCAUUUGGGGUUGUCUUAUUUGAAGUGCUUUGUGCAAGGCCAGUUAUAGACCCAACACUUCCAAGGGAGAUGGUGAAUUUAGCUGAAUGGGCAAUGAAAUGGCACAAGAAAGGGCAACUGGAUCAAGUUGUAGAUCCCACUCUUGCAGGAAAGGUCAAACCCGAGUCCCUCAGAAAAUUCGGAGAAACAGCUGAGAAAUGUUUGGCUGAUUACGGUGUUGACAGGCCUACAAUGGGAGAUGUGUUGUGGAACUUGGAGUAUACUCUACAACUUCAAGAAGCCGUUAUUCUAGAUGAUCCUGAAGAUAACAGCACCAACAUGAUUGGUGUUCUGUCUCCUCAAAUCCACAAUUUUAGCGAGAAUGAUAACAGUGUUACUUCUGUAGCGGAGGAAAUGACCGCUGUUGAGGAUCAUUCGGGUGUUUCAAUGAGUAAGGUCUUCUCACAGAUAGUAAAGAGUGAGGGUCGUUAAGGCGUUCACACUUUUUCGAAGUCUUGAGAGAUACGAUGCUUCUCUUUCGAUUAGUAAGAACUGCAGGUCAUACUUGAAUUACCAGUUUCAUAUGAAUUGGACUCAAUAAUUUUAUUUCUGUACAAAAGUGAUUGACUAAGGCAUCAAAACUAUAUUCUGAGUUCUGAAACCUGUUGGUUAACAUUCAGUAUCAUAUCUUUUUUUGUUUUUUUGUUUUUUUGUUUUUGUAAUGUUCCCCUUUGUAUUCUUGUCCUCCCUGUAAUGAUCUGGUUCCUUGGUUCUUAGAUUAGACUUCCAGGAAAAGUUAAUGCUAUUAUCGAUGAUCAUACCCUAAUAAUUGUAUCCUUGUUGCAGAAUGAUUUGCACCAAUUAUAUUCUUCAUUAUGAAUUCUAUGAUUCUAUAGUGUACUUUUUAAUAAAGUCUGUUUGUUCC